GAUACAUACAAGAAUUGAUUCUUGCAUGAUGUGCUUAUAAACAAUGUUCAUAUGUGUGAACACGUCGAGAGAGAAAAAACAGGGAUGAUCCUGGAAAGUCCUGGACAGGUGUUUACAUUAGUAAAGUAUGAUAUGUUGUAAAAUGGGUGAGGUGAGCAGACUUACAGUUCCAAAACAAGGAAAUCCUCGUGUGAGGCUAAUGGCGAUUCCUGCGUCAACCCCGCUGUACUUCUGACGAACCAGGUUUUUAUUUGUUCUCAUACGUGGCCUGUGGAACCUGUGUAGCCAUGUCAUCCCGAGUGUUGCUUCGGCAACAGCUGAUGCGAGAGCAGGCGCAGGAGCAGGAGAGGAGGGAGGCGCAGCAGCAGGCAUCAGUCGCUCAGCUCCGACCUACAGGCUCCACUCCAGCCAUCUCAGUCACGGUCCCACCCAUGACGGCCCGCCCUCCUCCAGCUCAAGUACCAGUGGAAGUUCUGAAGGUGCAAACUCAUCUUGAAAACCCAACUAAAUACCACAUCCAGCAAGCUCAGAGGCAGCAAGUGAAGCAGUACUUGUCUACCACACUAGGCAAUAAAGUUGCCACACAAACUCUUGGCGUGUCCCCUGUUUUGCAGUCAAAUUCUGCCCCGGAGAGGGUGACCUCUGCAAUCAGCGCCCCCAACAGCCCAAUGGCACAUCUGAACCUGGGCUCCAACAAAGAAGAGAUGGAUGAUGUCAUUGACGACAUCAUCAGCCUUGAGUCCAGCUUUAAUGAUGAUAUUAUGUCACUGAUUGAUUCUGGGCUACAACUCCCAAACACGCUACCAGGAAACAUUUUGGAUGUCUACAACAGUUCUGGCAUGGCAACCCCCACCAUCACCAUCAGCAACUCCUGUCCAGCGGAUCUAACUAAUAUCAAAAGGGAAUUAAAUGACGGAGAGACCACAGCUAUCAUGAAGGAGAGGCAGAAGAAAGAUAAUCAUAAUCUCAUUGAAAGGAGGAGAAGAUUUAACAUAAAUGACAGAAUAAAGGAACUAGGAGCUCUGAUACCCAAAUCCAAUGAUCCGGAGAUGCGUUUGAACAAAGGAACCAUAUUGAAGGCAUCUGUUGAUUAUAUAAGAAAACUUCAGAAAGAGCAACAGAGGGCCAAAGAGGUCGAGAUGAGGCAGAAGAAACUGGAGCAAGCAAACCAGACCUUGCUGCUUCGCAUACAGGAAUUAGAGAUGCAAGCUCAGCUUCACGGCCUCUCUGCUCCUAUGUCCACUUCCUUCCUUCAGCAACAGUUACAGCAGGCAAACCAGUCUUUGCAGCCCGUUGCUGGAGAAGGUCAACCUCACCUCAUCAUGGAAGGAGCCAUGGCACAGACUUCCCCAUCUCCUUUUCUCACAGUACCUGCUUCUGUUUCUCCGGCUGGUGCGGCAGACAACGGCCCUCUCGAUUUGGGGGCAUUUAGCUUCGCAGAGCUGGAUGACCCCACAGCCUCUGAUCUUUACCCUGAUGUGGGUCUCAGUGACAUUCUGAUGGAUGAGGGCUACACGCUGUCCACUGUCAGGUCUGAAGAUGUGCUCUUUUCUCCAGUGUCUCCUGGAGCCUCUAAUACCAGCAGCCGCAGAAGCAGCAUACAUAUAGAAGAAGACUUGUGACCGAACUGCCCAGUGUGUGUGUGUGUGUGUGUGUGUGUGUGUGUGUGUGUGUGUGUGGCGUGCUUCCAUGCAUGCGUGCACUCUUUUUUAUGCUCUGUGUCUCUCAGGAGUGUCCACUAUUUUAACUUAUACCCCAUUUCCACCAACACAGUGCUGGUACCAGCAGUGUUAAUCCCUUCAACAUAAUUAUUGAUGAAAAUGUUUUUUGAUUUUGAAGACGAGCCAAAUAAUUUGCAUCAUGUAGAUAAUUAAACUAUUUUUUGUGAUAAGAAAUAAACAACACUGCAAGAUAUUACCAAUGCACUAUCAAGAUCCUUCAAAUUCCGAGGUUCACACUAUUUGUCUUCUUCAGUUCACCCCACAGGUUUUCUAUGGAGUUCAGGUCAGGGGACAGGGAUAGCCAUGGCAGAACCUAGAUUUUGUGGUCAUUGAAUCAUUUUUGUGUUGAUUUUGAUGUUUGUUUUGUAUCAUUGUCCUGCUGGAAGAACCAACCAGGGCCCAUUUUAAGCUUUCUAGCAGAGGCAGUCAGGUUUAGAUUUUUUUAUCUGUUGGUAUAUGAUAGAGUCCAUGAUGCCAUGUAUCUGAACAAGAUGUCCAGGACCUCUGGCAUAAAAACAGCCCCACAACAUUAAAGAUCCAACACUACAUUUAACCGUGGGCACUGGGUACUUUUCCACAUGGCUACCUCUCUGUGUGCGCCAAAACCAUCUCUGGAUUUUGUUUUAUCAGACCAUAGAACCCAGUCCUAAUUGAAGAUCCAGUAGUGUCUGGCAAAUUGAAGAUGCUUGAGUUUGUUGUUGGAUGAGAGCACAGGUUUUUUUUCUUGAAACCAUCCCAAACAAUUUGUGGUGAUGUAGGUGACGUCUGAUUGUAGUUUUGGAGACUUUCUGACCCCAAGACAAGACUAGUGUUUUUAUAAAAUCAUAAGCUUUACAUUUCUUCAUUUAAACUAAAUUUUUGUUUUAUAAAAAAAGGAGGAACGUGUCAAAAUAAUUUUUUGUGGUAAUCAACAUUAUGCUGCAAUUGCUUAACUUGUAUUGAACCCGGAAUAUUCCUUUAAACUAAGUUGUGUGCUAGUCAGAAUUAUCUCUGGUUGUUAAUAAGCCAUUGCCAUAACAAUGCGAUAUACGCAAAAUCCUAAACUGUCUCUAAAACAGAGAAGUAAUAAAAUAGAAAAUCUUAUACAAGAUAAUACAUGUUUAAUUUAAUAAAUGUUUGUUUUAUUUUUAUAUUUGGUAAAAGCUUCAACUAUUACAGUUUGAUACUGUGGCUUUUGUUCAUACUGCAUAUUAAUAAACUGUAACGUUUAACCUACUGUAAGGUUAUUUUUGUUGUCUACCAGUAAAACUAGACAGUAAAAAUUUAUCAAAUGAAUGAAAAUGACAUAAAAUAUUGACUACUUUUAAAGGACAGUUUCCUUAAAAAGACAAAAAUUAUGACAAAAGCAAAACAAAUUGUCAAAAGUAAUAUUUUUAGGAGACUGGUUUUAAAAACAAUUCAAAACCCAAAACAAAACCAGAUGUUACAUAGCUAGAUCGAACUAAAUAAUGUUAUUGAUAAAUAUCAUGUGUGAACUUAUUGCUACUACUGAUCAUUAGAUCAAAGCCAGCUUGUGAUGGCUUAAAGAUGCUGAAUUAAAUUACUUUGCAAGAUAAACAUAGGCAGCAAUGCGCUAUUUUGUCCGUGGUCUGUUACGUCAACAUUCAAGGGGGCCGUUUCCGUGAGAGGUUUGUAGAUCCCCCAGCUUAGCACCGCAUCUCACCAGCAUCAUUUUGGUGGAAAAGGGGUAUGAGAUUGUCUUGUGUACAAUUAUAAGUUGCUGUCGCAUCUCCAUUUUGUCUUUGAUGUAAGGCAGUUUGAAUCCAAAAUAUCCCAGUGUUUUAAGUUUCCCGGGAAGUCAGUGAUUGCAACAAUCCCAAAUUUGUAUUCCAAAUUUUAAAUGAAUCCAAAACUUUUAGCUUACUUGUAACUAAAAUUUGGGACAUUUUAGCAUCUCUGUGUCGUGUCAUAUUAUUAAAAUAUUAUUAGUCUGCAUUCAGAGCAAAUAUGUGCACGCACGUGUAUAUGAUUUUGGAGUGUGGAGUGAGUAGUCACCUUAUAGUCACUUAUUGUACCAAUUCUGUUUCAGAAUUGUGUUAAUAGCAUGGAGUGGAGUGAUAUUUCAAAUUUCUCAACUUUAAGCAAUAUUAUUAACCGCAUAUAUAAGAAAGCUAUUUUUUGAACACUCUGUUGGCUUCACAUUCAUUCAAGUGGUUGUGUAUUUUUACUAACAGGUUUGAAAUUCAUAAUGUUUUGUUUACAUCAUUUGAUAUCUUAUUUGUUUAUUCUUAUGAUUAAUUAUAUAUUUUUUUAAUGUUACAUUGAUAAACAAACUUUUGAUGGUGCAUUUCCUCAUAAAUCAUUUUGUUUGUUUUUAGACUUGAGCUGUUUGUAAGGAGACAAGCCACAUAAACGUCAUGUACAAAUAGCUUGUCAGGUGUACUGUUUUUUUUAAAGCUACCUAUGCUUAAAGUACAUUUGGUAACACUUUGCAAUAAAGUUCUAUCUACUAACAUUUUUAGUUCAUGUUAGUGCAUUAACUAAUGUUAACCAAUCCACCUUCGAUUUAAAAAAUGUUACUAUGUUGAAAUUAACAUUAACAUAGAUUAAUAAAUGCCCUAAAUGUAUUGUUCAUUGUUAGUUCAUGUUAACUAAUGUAGUUAACUCAUUUUAACCAAUGGAAUCUUAUUGUAAAGUGUUACUGUACAUUUUAACCAGUAGAUACAAAUUAACAUUUUGUUAGAUGCAGCAAAACACACGUCACUGCAAAUGUAAAUGUUCUGUAAAUCUACAUAUACAUCUCUGUUUGUAGGCAUAAUGUUGCAAUCUGCCAGUCAAAGCCAAAUUAAUUUUCUCUUUUAUUAAAUAGUGUAAUGACACUCUAAUAAAGGUGCCUUUAGCAUUAAGGGAAAAAAGUAAUUUUUUUGGUUUGUAAAUAUUAGAAAGAGAAAAUACAUUAUGCAAAUGACUUUCCAAAGUUCCUCGGUUGUUUUCUGUGAAUUCUACAGCAAUUGAAUGUAUUAUAUAUAAAAUUGUAUGAUUUAAAGAUGAAAGUAUACACUUUUGAUAUACAGUAUGCCAUAUUUUUCAAAAUGUCUAAAGAACAGAAAAGUGUUUCAAAGUUAUCUGAAAUCACACAGCAAUAAUAUAUAUAUAUAUAUAUAUAUAUAUAUUUUUUUUUUUUGUCGUAAUUGCUGACAAUAAAUAUAUGUCCUUUGAUACAUAUCAAUAAUUGUAUCUGGGGACAUAAGUCCACUCAUUAAAACUAAAUUUGUUUUUGCUUCUUUACAUCUUUAUUAUCUAGACUGAUUUAAAUGUGGAUUGUUUUGCCCUUGAUUUGUAUUCUGAUCAAGAUUUUCAACUUAUAAUAGAGAGAAAAUGUAUUUUUAGUAGGAUUUGUCCCCUUGUGUGUCGGUGGCCUUUAAUUGGCUAAAAUAAUCUGAUGAGAAAAGAGAUCAUGAGCAUGCUUGCCUUUUUAAAAACAUCUCUUUUUUCAUCAAGAUAACCAUAGGCCUGUACAACUCAAUUAUAAUUGUUUAUUAAAACAAAUCUCUUGUUUUUCCAUGAUGACAUGUAUAUCUUCUCGACUUUAUGUGGUUAUUAAUUUUAUUUUUGUUCAUUCUCAACAACCUCUCCACAAAUCUCCACAAGCACAGAGUUCUUGUACAUGUACCUUAUUUUAUUUCAGCAUUAAAAAAAUGUUCCAGAGGUAAUCGCAAUGAAUGCAAUUACCCCAGAAAUGUAAAUAGAUCCUUCAUUCUAGAAUAGAUUGUGAGAUACGUUGAAUUAAUUCAAUCAAACACUCUUUCUCUCAAAUUCCAUGAUAGUAACUACAUCACAAUGAAAACAAUGUACAGAAGUCAUAUAUAAUAUAAUAAAUACAUUUACAAAGGGGAUAUGAGUUAUGGCUUUGACAAUUUACCGGUAGUUUUACAAAUUCUAUUUAUUUUCUGGAAGUUUUUAUAUUUUCUAGUUCACAUGAUGUAAUAGGAUAUGGGUUGAUGACAAUUUCAAGCUGUUUCAUUUGUGACAUGCAAUAAAUACUCAU